UUGGUUUAGCCUUUCUGACGGUCGCAGUAUCUCUUAGACAUCCGGCGCCCCUACUAUUAACGAGUACAAAACUAGUACCCCUACCCUGCUUUUCAUACCUGUGUCUGGCCUUGACCAGUCGAGUUGCAAAGAUGUUGGGGCUUCCCAUCACCGUGCGCUCGCCUGUCGCGAUUCCCGUGGCGUUUUCCCGCGGAAAGCACUAUGACAGGAACACAAAGGGAGGGCAUUCUUCGAGCUCCUCAUCAAGCAGUUCUGCAUUCACUUCAAAUAACGGCAGGAUUAAUAAAUCUUCUUCGGCCACCAGCACAUCAGCAGCAUCUCGCUCCUUAAUCGCCGUGUCCAAAGACAAAACCGCCACUGUGGUUGACGCCGGGUCCGUUUUUCUCUCGCAAAUUUCCGGUGGGUCUGUGUUGGUGUAUCGAGUCGGAGAUUCCUGCGCCCCCGCGGAGAGCAAUUCUAGCUCUAGGGAACUGCGAUCAACACCGUCCUCCGUCGCACCAGCGAAACAGAGCAGCAAUGUCACAUCUACCACGGGCCAGCAAACAAUCGCCUGCAUUGAUCUUCAGUGCUCCACCAGCGGCCAGAGGGACGAAUCACGAGGGAAGAAGUCAGACGAUGUUGUGAUCAUCGCAGUGGGUGUCUGCGCCGCCUCCGCAACGCCUGCUACCUCACCCUUGGAACAUCAAUGCCAAUCUGCAGAAGGCAAUUAUGCUGAUGGGUGCGCAAGCGAAAUCCAUGUCAUUUCCUGUUGCACCUCGUCCUCGUCCAGCAGCUCGAAAGGGCCAGAAAACGACACGAAAACGAAAUCGGUCGCGAAGAUCAAACCGGAGGAUUUCCCACCGUCGUGGCGUGGCGGCGUGUUUCAGGUGAAAGUCGUGCCGCAACCUUCAAAGUCAACCUCGGCGGCCACUUCGACAAAAUCUUUGCUCGUUGUUGGUUCCGAAGAAGUCUUCGACCAUUGCCGAAAACCGCCACAAGACGCUCAUAUAACCGGUUGGGCAGUCGAUUUUGAUUCCGGUCUGGACACCAAUAUUGCAGCUAAGAAGAUGAAAACGACUUUAUCUGCUUCGUCCCGAUUGUUCACCGUUCGUCCUCCGCUGGGCGCGAGCCUGCAGCUGGCGGUGACGGAGGCGAGUGUGUUCGCUUACUGCAGCGACGAGGAUUUCGAUUUAUGCAGCGGCGGUGGUAUAGAAGACAAAUUUGGAUCGGUGUUUUGUUGGCAGGACGCCCUGCUGGUACCUCGUCCCGGUGCUCCGUUCUCUCCUGUCCAGCCGAAAAUCCUCGUGCGCCCGGACAUGCUGAAGCGGUUGCAGAGUCGAGAACAGGUUGAAGAAGCGGGUGGCGACACUGUGGCGAAACAUAAAGCAUUCUCUUCGACGUCUUCUCGAGAGGAAAGGCAUCACGCAAACGAACAGGACCAAAAUAGUACCCGCAUCGUCGGCGUCGUCGCCGUUUCACCGCCGAAGGCUUCCCGAUCCGCCUCUUCUGCUGAUCGGUUGUUUUGCCUCACCGGUUCCGGCCUGCUGCUGUGUUGCAACGCGGGCUCAGGGCAGGUCGAGCGCUACACGCAAGUCGUGGCGAGGAAAAAGAACUCAACUGCAAAUCAUAAAGCCGGAGGACAAGCUCCUUGUCCUUCUUCCGUAAGAACUGGCGCCAGGGAAGAACUACAUGCUCGCCCACUACAUGAACCGCAAUCCUGUGCGUACGCACUCGUUAGAGUUUCAUCUUCAGGACCAAGUGGUGCAUCGUCUUACCUUGCGGUUGGGUUAGCAAACAAGAUCAAACUGCUGUCCGAGGACACUUUGGAGUGGAAAGUGACGGUCCCGGUUUCCUUUCCACAACCAAGUACGACUUUGCCCGACAGAACGGACUCCGCCACUGCGGGAUGUCCUGCAAUUCGCAAAUUGUGGAGCUUUGAGCAAGAUGAUUCCAAAGUGCUCCUCGCGCUCGAUGAUUACGGUACGAUACAAACCGUUGAUUGGUCCUCGGCCCCCUGCUCCAGCGGUCGUCCUGGAACAGCGGCGAGAAUAAACACCUUUCAUCGUUCGACAGCAUUCUCCCUGACCGAUGCAACACGUGGGAAGGCCAUCGGUGUCAGUGGCAUGCUGAGCUGCUACGAAACCGGUGUCCACUACCACGACAGUGGCACGAAGCUCGCGCUUUCCUCAUCAGAACUUAGCCGCGGUGCUGACCACGACGCACUUCUUCGCGAGAGCAAAGAUGAUGCAAUGGAUGGUGAAAAUCGAUCAGCAGAACUACAGGAAAAAAUCUUCUUCAACAACUGCAACCGCCUCGUAACCGCAUUUUCCUGCGAUGAGACGGCGAACGUGCUGUGUGUCGCUUCUUACGAAGAUCCCCAGACCGAAUCUUCUGCGGAGAGAAUUCACCUGUUCGCAUUGGACGACGGUCAGCAGUUGCAAGGGCCCGAGUUGGUGGUAAGGGUAAGGUCAAGAUUGUCAGAAAAUAAUGAGCACCACGUGCACGAUUUUUCUUACGGGAAGAAUACAUCCACUACGACAUCACCCGCCAGUAGCGUGAAGACCAAUCAUUCCCGCAGCAACACCAACACGCCGAUGCAUCAAGGCAGUAAUUCCUCUUCGACCAACCACCGUGACAGCGUCGCGAGUCUUGCCUCCUGCGCAUCGAAGAGUUCUGCAUUUUCGAAGGAGAAAGAAAUCGCGUUUCAGAAGGAGCGCGUGCAGAACAAAAUCAAGUCACAACUGGGCUUGCCACCACCGUCGGUGAAGAAUAACAACGGUGGAAAGACGUCAAGGACCGCACGCGUGGGGUCUUCUUACGCUAGUGCAGCGAGCUCUUCUACCGGACGUUUCAAAAAGGGAAACAAGAGCAGCGACUACGAUCACGACCAGUCCGACAGCUGCAAGUCGGGAGUUCUUCCCUUCAGCCCGACUGCAAGAAAUGAAACUACUUUAUCCGGGUCGAAGAAGAGCGGGCUAGUAUUUUCGCGAAAAGGGGAGGCAAAACGAAACCCAAGCGGAAGCCACAACUACGAAACCGCUCUUUCCGUCCGCACCUGGGGCGACACGACGGUUCUCGCCGCGGCCAGCUUCGACCCGCUUUCCACCAGUAUUGAGGUGCAGAUGUGGAAGAUUUGGGCGGACGAGUCGAAGGCGUACUGUUACAAUGCGGAUCUGCUCUAUUCGUCAAGUUUUCCGUUGUUGACGAUCGUUGCUUUUGGCGUGAAAAAUUAUGCCACAGCAAGCUCAGCACACCAGAACCAUCCGGAAACUAGAAAGAUAAACAGUCGGGGUUGUAAAAGCAGCACGAUCACGAUGUCCUCCUCGGAAAAAAACGCAGGGGCCGUGAUCAAGUCGUUCGCAGUCUCGAGUGAAGGCGCUGCGGUUUGGAUGGUGGUUGACAGUUCUUCGUCUUCAUCUCGCACAAGUUCUUCGGCUUCAUCCGGAGCGAAACCGAAAGUCUCGUCGCAGACACAUACCAGUGCCCCGCCUCCCACGACACUAGUUCAGUUUUCCGCGACCUCUUCCUCCAAAAGCGGGACGGAGAACAAAGUUCUGCGCUGCGUGAAACGAGAAUGCAGCUCCUCUUGUUCUUCUUUCGGCGGAAUGGCGGUCGUGCCUUACAGUUCCCCGCGCGGGCCAGAAGUAGAGGAACACGGUGCAGCUGGUCUUCUAGCCUACGCGCGUGACGACAUGAUUCUCGACCACGAGCUUCUCGUUGUUCAUGAUGAAAAAGCCCUGUUUUGCUACGAUGCCAAGACCGGGGAACAACUUGCCGGCGGAAGGCAAGUCGUUUUUGACGGAGGUAAUAUUAAAACGUUUGUAUCGUCUUCAAAAACGAAAUUUGCGGCUUCUGUGACCGGUCGCCGGACGUCGUCGUGUACAUCUUCUAGUUUGAUUGAACUGUUGGACGACAACUCCACCACUACCGCCUCCGUUGGGUCUCGGCGGCGGCGCUUUUUGUACGCUGCAACUGCAGUGACUACUAUGUCAACUUCGACAAAGAUCACGCCUCCCAAGUCCAAGGCUUCCUUGGCGGCUGGUGGUGCGAGCAAGACGAAAACGAAAACCGGUGGGGAAGAAGCGCAGGGAGCCAAGCACCACCAGGAAUACCUCACCUCGAUCCUGCUUUUCGAAAUCGUGUUGGUUUUCGAUGCGGAGAGAGAAAAAAGCAACAGCACGACCGCGCAGAACGAUAGGCGAACUUCAGAUGGUGCAAGAAGCAGAGACCACGCAGCACUCGUCGUGCCAACCGUAACAAUCACGUUGCUCAAAGAAUUCAAGCCUGUAGUAAGUGCGAGCUCAUCCGCAACUUCGAAUUACAAUGUUCUUCAGAGUUUGUGUCUUUUCGACCGCAGAGUGCACGAGGAUUUGUACGAGGUUGCUGGCGAACCACAAAACCUUCACAAUCUGACGAAUUCCUGGCACAAACAUUCUGCGGCAAACAACUUGACCUUGCUUACCAUGGGGGUUGACGGAACAGUUUUCGAGUACGGGUUGGACGACCUCGUGUCAUCUCAAGAAACUACUGCAACAUACCCGCAGGAGGACCAAGAUGCUCUUGCCGCAACAGCAAAAAAUCGUGAAGUUUUGACCAGUUCAACAUCGUCUUCUAUCAGGCAAGCUGCAAACAUUACCACUCCCAUUACGUCCACCCAAAAGGCGAAGCACGACGCGCUAAGCUGGACGGUGAAUUCCAAUGCGUCCUCUGGAUCUGCCGCGACGAGCAAUUACUUCCAGCAAUCGACGAACAGAAGGAGGUCGCUGGGCAGAAACUGGGGCCGACAAACGCUGGUUGGAAAGCCGGUGUUGAACUCGGAGGACCUGAUGCACAUCAUGAACAUGACCGGGGGAAGCUCCUACUCGUGUGCGAGUCGGCGGGAGGAGGACUUGCUGGGAAUGACGAGUUCUUGUCAGCAGCAGCAACAGAAUCUUUCCGUGGUCAUGGAGAUGGACCAGGCCAUCGACUUGGUGAAUGGCUUGCGACAGAACUGCUCUACUUCUGGCAGUAAAGGAAACAGUAACAGAGAGCAGCAGCCCGGGUGCAUGACCACGACCGCGUCCGCUACAAAUCCAGAUCAAAUUGUUCCAACCACUCCUGCCGCCGUGCAGACGCCCCACAUGCUCGUGUCAAAGCAAUUGAACUUUGACAGCGCCUCAGCAACGGGGAAAAAGCACAAGCAGGAUGACUGCAGCUUCGACAAGAGCUGCGCUGGCGAGAGCGUCGAAGAUGAAACACCAGUUGGAGGAGCAGAGAGGAGCAAUUUUUCCUGCAGCCGUAGUUCCGCUUCUAGCGCAUCCUCUUCUGCUGGUCAUUUCUACACCGCCGGAACGCAGCGAGUGUUCGAGAAAGUGGAAUUGCGGACAGUGGUGGGAAGUGCAAAAGCUACAUCUCCAAACAUUGGUUUGCCGCAAAAAAACUUUGUUCCCAAGAAAAGUAGCGCCAGUCUGCACAAGAUCGCAACUGGAGGCGUUCUCAGUGCCGCUCAUCGUGCCGCCCCUCCACCGCGCCUACCGACACCGACGGUGCACCAGCAGAAUCCCGUACUUGUCCCCUCAUCCACAACCAGUUCCUCGUCCAACUCCCCCCGCCUGUUCAUGCCGCCGCCCCGCCCGGUCGGGAGUGUGAGCGACGUCCACUCUGGCGACAUUUUGACCAAGAAUGUUGUUGCAGUCGCCGGAAAUGAUCCGGGUUUCAUCCCUAUGCCGCUGCACAUUCAGAACCAGACAGACAGCCAGAGUCCGGCGUCGAACUACAGCAACGCGAAUUCCCCGUCUGUGACAGUCUCCUCUGCUUCAAAUGUAAACUCCUUGUCUUCGCAGAAAAGUCCGCAGUUUUACACCAACCUCCCAACCACGACGGUCUCGAGAACGACCACUUCGAAGAAUCCAAUCUCCACCACAGCACGCAUUCGAGCGACGUCCUCCUCGCGAAGUCCGAAAAUAUCUGUGCAAAAAAUGGACAAGAAUCUACUUCGGGGAGGUGGUGGUGUUCACGAUCGUAACAGCCCGGUGAUAGACCACUCUUAUGCCAACGCUACUAACUCCUUUUCCUCUUGUUCCGGAAGUGGAGGGCAUGGUAGCAGCAGCAGCAGCAGCAGUGCGGGAAUGAAUGCAGCCGUUUCAUCGUCCGGCUCCGGUGGGAGUUCGCGCGCGCUGAAGAAGAAUCCGUUUCUAUCCAAGAACUCCGGAAAUUUUUUCAGCACUCGCGACAGCCACAACCUGCAACUCGUUUCGCCGAGUAUCAGCGAAGGAAGAGAUGCGACGACGAGAAACGGCGGUAGAGCCACAGCUACAACGGAAGACUACUACAGCACAAGGGCAGCGGGAGAAAAUAAAGCCACGUCCACAACUACUUCGGACACGAAGAGGUCGCCACAACCAGUGGCGUCGUUAGUAGGUGCGGAUGUCGACGGAAAUUCGCUUGGACAGAAAAAUCUUCACACACAAACAGAAGACGCAUCGCAAGCAGCCACCGGGGGGUUUGGGGAUCACGCCGCUCACUUCCCGGGAUCGGACAGUAACUUGAUAGAAGACUCGCUGAUUCUUAGUCCCAGCCCUGAGAAAGAGAUCGGUUUGGUGCCCGAUAAAGGAAGUGCAAGUGUGAAAGAGAAAACACAACGCUUCGGCGACGAGCGCCGCGAGGUGGCUACAGGAGCUACAAGUAGUACCAAAGACAAGUUCUCGUGGUUGAAAGAGAAGUUGACCGACGCUGCGGACGCGUUGCGGUAUUUGGACAUUGCUGGAGUCUUGCGGGACGGAGAUAGCGACAUGGACGCUGUCUUGCAAGACUUCUUGGGGGAAGCUGAGAAGGUGCGUGACUCCAUGCUCUUGAGGAAGAAGAUGAACAAGAGCAGCAGGAGCAGUAGCGGCAGUAGCGCAAGCCUUUCGCGCCAGGAGGAAGCUCGAAAAAGCGAACAAGAAAAAUCGGAGAUGAAAGAAGUAGAUAAAGGUACAACUACUGAGGAGUGUAAUACUAGAUUACGGGAUGUCUCCUUUCACUCGGAGAUCGAAGAAGAGCUUUUCCGUACAGCGCAGGAACAGGACGGUGUGUUGCAAAAGGCAACCAGGAUUUUGUCCCAGUUCGAAGCUGAAAAGCGCUCACGAUAG